GAGGCAACAAUAUGACAUCAGACAUGCAGGAAAUCGCCAUCACAGAGGACAAGCCUUUACUUACGGGUCACACUGAUCCCGCCAAGGAUGCCGCUGAGCUAGCUGCUAGGAUACUCUUGGACCAAGGACAGGAGCACAGCGUUGAGACCCCCCAUGGCAUUCUACACGUGACCCUCCAUGGCACACGGAACACCCGCAGGCCCGCCAUCCUCACCUUCCACGAUGUGGGUCUGGACAGUAAGAGCUGCUUCUCUACUCUGUUCAAGUUCGACGAGAUGCAGGAGAUCAUCAAGAACUUCACCCUGAUUCAUAUUGAUGGUCCGGGACAAGAGGAGGGGGCUUCCACUUACCCCCCAGGUUAUCAGUAUCCCUCCAUGGAGACCAUUGCAGAGAUGAUUCCUGCUGUGCUGCAGUUUUUCAGCUUCCGUACUGUCAUUGGAGUGGGUGUGGGAGCAGGAGCAUAUGUCCUCUCCAAGUUCGCACUCGCAAAUCCCGAUUCAGUGGAGGGUCUGGUUCUGAUCAACAUCGACACUAAUGCUCGAGGAUGGAUGGACUGGGCCGCUCAGAAGCUCAGUUCUGUGACUUCCACCUUCACAGAGCAGAUCCUGACCCACCUUUUCAGUCAGGAGGAGUUGUCAUCAAACACAGAACUAGUUCAGUCUCACAGAGAACGCAUCUCUAAAGCCUCCAACCUGGCCAACAUAGAGCUCUUCUGGAAGACGUACAACAGCCGCAGAGACCUGAACAUCGACCGCAACUACUCUUUCAAGUGUCCCGUGAUGUUGGUGGUGGGAGAUUCAGCUCCGUACGAGGAYGCAGCUGUGGAGUGUAACAGUAAACUGGACCCAACAACAACCUCAUUCCUGAAGAUGGCUGAUGCUGGUGGUCUCCCUCAGCUGACCCAGCCCGCUAAACUUACUGAGGCUUUCAAGUAUUUCAUCCAGGGCAUGGGCUACAUGGCCUCCUCCUGCAUGACCCGCCUGUCCCGCUCUCGCACCACCUCGCUCUCCUCUUCCUACUCCAUGGACGGCUCCCGCUCUCGCUCCCGCACCCUGUCUCAGGGCUCGCAGGGGGGCCAGAUGCCGCCCAGCCCCUCCCAAACCAUGGAGGUGUCCUGUUGAAGAAAACCAAAAAAAUAAUAAUAAUAAAAAUACACCACAGAGAGCGUGAGAGUGGAGGAAAGGGAAAAGAAAAAGGGUGAAAAGCACGACGAUAAUGUAGGACUAAGACGAAUGGGUUUCUUAUUUGUCACUAAACGACUCCCGCCAUUCCCCGCUAGAGCAGAACAGAGGCAGAGAGAGGGAGGGGGGACAGAGAGAAAAGCCGAGGAAUUUCAGUGAAAGAUAAAGAGAGCUGCCACACAAGUCCAAUUCUUCUGUUUAUACCCCCACCCCCACCCCCAGGUGAAAAUCAAUCCGCUGGUCGACAAUGAUGCAGUCUUUAGAAGCAAGAAGAGAUUAAAAACAGGAAGGAUGAAGAACAGGAAGUAGUCCUCUCUUCCUCCCUCUUUCAACCAAUAGAGCCCUUUAAUUCCCACCCAGAAUGUGGUCUACACAAGUUUUCACCAGUAGGAACAAAUCUGAAAACAGAACCGAUGUUGGUGCUGAUGGUGAUAAUGAUGAUGACGAUGUAAUAGAUUAAAAAAAAAAACUAUAACACUUUUCUCUUUAUUACAUGACUUUAAUAUGAUAUAGAAAAAAAUUACUAUAGCAGAGAAACUUACUAUAAUGUGUGUCUACGACUUUUUAAGCUAGUUUUUAAUCGUGUUAUGUUUUUUGUUAUUUGGAUUUUUUUUUUGUCUGAUUUGUAACCUGUCUCAACAAGGGGCUGCAGCUACUGAUUGGCCGAGCCCUCAGGUGGUGACAGCCAAUAAAAAGCCAUUCUAGCAACUACUUCUUC